GCUGUUUGAGUACACUGCCACUUAAGUAUUAUUACCACAGCUGCAUUCAUGCUGACUCUUUCCCCUUUUAGGAUUUACCUGGUGACGGUCAGCUCGGAGGUGGUAGGAGGGACCAAAGAGAAACUUUGUGCUCAGGUCCACCAAGCCACAGAGCCUCUGUCGUUGAAGGUGACGCUGGAGAUGGAGGGUGGCAGCAGCAUCAUUCUACUGGAGGAAGCCGUAACACAGGACUUCUAUCGCUGCAUCUCCUUCCAGGUACCCCCAGUGAAGGCUGAAAGUGUGGCCACUGUCCAUGUCAGCAUCAAGGGGAGGAAGGAUGAGAUGAGUAAUAAGACCAAGAUCCUUAUCAAGCCUAAAAGAUUCCUGACCAUUUUCCAGACAGACAAACCAGUCUACAAACCUGGACAGACAGUCAAGUUCCGAAUCGUCUCGCUGGAUGCCAGUUUCUUGACAUUCAAUCAGAUGUAUCUAACAGUGGCGCUUCAGGUGAGACUCAUUCAAAUCCAUUGCAACUAA